AUGGACAGCGACCCCAUCGGGGCGACCUUGGGAGGCAACUUCGCACCUGCCACGCCACGGGCCCAAGCAAGGGACGAGGGAGGAACUCCUGAAGUGGUCAGCGCAGCUCUUCUGAACGGAGACCCCUGGGACCCCACGCAGAGUGUCCACGCACAGAAUCAUCCAGAAGUGUUGAAUUUUCGGCUACAACUGGAAAGCAGAGUACUGAUCAUAAACCUGGAAAGAAAUGAAGGUCUCAUUGCUAGCGGUUUCACGGAAACCCAUUAUCUGCAGGACGGCACCAGUGUGUCCCUCACUCGAAAUUACACGGGUCAUUGUUACUACCACGGGCGUGUGCGCGGAGACCCCGGCUCGAUGGUCAGUCUCAGCACUUGUUCGGGUCUCAGGGGACUUAUUAUAUUCGAAAACAAAACCUACGUCUUAGAACCCAUGGAAAAUGUAACCAACAGAUACAAGCUCUUCCCGGCGGACACCCUGGCAGGCGUCCGGGGAUCAUGCGGGUCGCAUCACAACGCCUCUGGCCUCACCGCGGACCGCGGACUCCCGCCGCCCUCCCCGACGUGGGCGAGAAGGCACAAGAGAGAGACCCUCAAGAUGACCAAGUACGUGGAGCUAGUCAUUGUCGCGGACAACCGAGAGUUCCAGAGGCAAGGAAAAGACGUGGAAAAGGUGAAGCAGAGGCUAAUAGAGAUCGCUAAUCACGUGGACAAGUUCUAUAGGCCCCUGAACAUCCGGGUAGUGCUGGUCGGCGUGGAGGUCUGGAAUGACGUCGACAGGUGCCCCAUCAGCCAGGACCCGUUCACGAGCCUCCAUGAGUUUCUGGACUGGAGGAAGAUGAAGCUUCUACCUCGCAAAUCCCACGACAAUGCGCAGCUUAUCAGUGGGGUUUAUUUCCAAGGGACCACCAUCGGCAUGGCGCCCAUCAUGAGCAUGUGCACCGCGGAGCAGUCAGGGGGCAUCGUCAUGGACCACGCAGACAGCCCCCUGGGUGCCGCCGUGACGCUGGCGCAUGAGCUGGGCCACAACUUCGGGAUGAGCCAUGACACCCUGGAGAGGGGGUGCAGCUGCCGGAAGGCCGCCGACAAGGGAGGCUGUAUCAUGAACCCUUCCACCGGGUACCCGUUCCCCAUGAUGUUCAGUAGCUGCAGCCGGAGGGACCUGGAGGCCAGCCUGGAGAGGGGCGUGGGCGUGUGCCUGUUCAACCUGCCCGAGGUCCGGCAGCCUUUCGGGGGCCAGAAGUGUGGGAACGGCUAUGUCGAGGAAGGAGAGGAGUGCGACUGUGGGGAGCCAGAGGAGUGCACGAACCUCUGCUGCAACGCCACGAGCUGUACCCUGAAGCCGGGCGCGGUCUGUGCGCACGGCCUGUGCUGUGAGGACUGCCAGCUGAAGCCUGCAGGGACAGCGUGCAGGGGCCCCGGCAACUCCUGCGACCUCCCCGAGUUCUGCUCGGGGGCCAGCCCCCACUGCCCGGCCAACGUGUACCUCCAUGAUGGGCAGCCGUGUCGGGGCGUGGACGGCUACUGCUACAACGGCAUCUGUCUGACCCACGAGCAGCAGUGCGUCACACUCUGGGGACCAGGUGCUAAACCUGCCCCUGGGAUCUGCUUUGAGAGGGUCAACUCUGCAGGCGACCCGUACGGCAACUGUGGCAAAGACUCCAAGAGCUCCUACACCAAAUGCGAGGCGAGAGAUGCUAAAUGUGGGAAAAUCCAGUGUCAAGGAGGUGCCAGCCGGCCAGUCAUUGGUACCAAUGCCGUCUCCAUAGAAACGAAUAUCCCACUGCAGGAAGGAGGCCGCAUCCUGUGCCGCGGGACCCACGUGUACUUGGGCGAUGACUUGCCGGACCCGGGGCUGGUGCUGGCCGGCACCAAGUGUGCGGAGGGGAAGAUCUGUCUCAAUCGUCGGUGCCAAAACAUCAGUGUGUUCGGGGUUCACGAGUGUGCAGUCCAGUGCCACAACAGGGGGGUGUGUAACAACAGGAAGAACUGCCACUGUGAGGCCCACUGGGCGCCCCCCUUCUGUGACAAGUUUGGCUUCGGGGGAAGCACAGACAGCGGCCCCAUCCGGCAAGCAGACAACCAAGGGUUAACCAUAGGAAUUCUGGUGACCGUCCUGUGUGUUCUCACGGCUGGAUCUGCGGUGUAUCUCAAGAGGAAGGUGCUGAUCCGCCUCCUGUUUACAGACAAGAAAACCACCAUCGAGAAGCUAAGGUGCGUGCGCCCGGCCCGGCCCCCCCGCGGCUCCCAGCACGGUCAGGCUCACCUCGCCCCCCUCGGCAAAGGUCGGAUGAGGACGCCGGCACACCCCAGCACGCCUGAGGACAAUCCCAAGAGGCCGCCGCAGUGUCAGAACGUUGACAUCAGCCGGCCCCUCGAAGCCCCCGACCUCCCUCGGCCCUGCUCACCUCAGCGAGUGCGCCCCACCCUGCACCCGGCCCCCCGUGCGCCCAGCGUCCCCGCCAGACCCCUGCCGGCCAACCCUGCGCUGAGGCAGGCCCAGGGAACUCACAAGCCCAACGCUCCCCGGAAGCCUCUGCCCGCAGUUCCUCUGAACAGGACGAGCCGGCUAGGCCCCGCCUCCGCCAGCGCCCUGGGACAGCAGGAGUCUGGGCUCCACCUGGCCCCCAUCAGACCGGCUCCCCAGCGCCCACACCACGUGCCCAGACCCGCCCACACCGCCUACACUAAAUGA